ACGGUGGCUGCUCGCUGUUGUAAGUUUUUCUCAAUCCAUUCUAUUUUUUCUCGUGUGCAUUGCUCUUCCAUACUACCCCGAAACUUGCAUUUCUGCUCAGGUAUUAGAGUCUAGGACUGUGACGAUGGGCUCUCUCGAUACCAAAACCAUUGUGAACGAGAUGAAGUACGAUACGCAAGAAAAGCUCGCUGCUUUAAGCGUCAUUGACCCAGAGAUCGCACAGUACCUGGCAGCUGAGCAUCCACUACCAGAGUCAGCUCCCCCAGCCCCAGACACGGAGUUCGAGUACUCCAUCCAAAUCCCAAUGCGCGAUGGUGACCGCCAACAAGAAGCUCGCAUCCACAAGCCCUCCGCGCGAACGGGCGCAAAGUCCCCAGUCAUUAUUCUGAUCUACGGAGGUGCCUUCACAAUGGGCGACUGCCGUCAGAUGAGCCCCUGGGCCAGGAUCGCCACAAAGCUCUUCAACGCCACAGUCAUCAACCUUUCCUAUCGCCUGGCGCCAACCCACCCCUUUCCCGCGGCCCCUAAUGAUGUUGAAGAUGGCCUCAAGUGGGUUUCUGACAAUGCGCACACGCUUGGCGGCGAUCUAAGUGCUGGGUUCAUCAUCGGAGGCCCAUCCGCCGGCGCGAAUUUGGCGGCUGUAAUGGCCCAGAAGACGGUCGAUGGCACCACGAAGCUCGGAGCCCCUCUCACCGGCAUCUGGCUCUUGGCUCCGCUCUUCCUCGAGGACGAGAUAGUGCCUCCAGAGUACAAGGGUAUCUUCCUCGCAAGAGAGCAGAAUGCCGAGGCACCGAUCUUCAGUAAAGCGGCCUGGGGUUAUCUCGCAGCCAAUUACAAGGCAGACAUCAAGUCAGCGGGCUAUUCGCCAUUCAACUCGAAAACUCCGCAUGUCGGGAUGCCGCCGACAGUCGUUCAGGUCGGUGGUCUAGACUUCCUCAGGGACGACGGGCUGGUUUACGAGAUGGCUCUCAGAGCUCAUGGGGUUGAAACCCGCUUGGAUGUGUAUCCCGGUGCUCCACAUGGACAUUUCAUAUUCCCUGGAAUCAAGUCCGCGUUUAAGGCAAACAUCGAUAUCUUCAAGGGAAUCGGAUGGCUUCUCAAGCAGGAGGCCUCGGAGGAUGAGAUUGAGAAGGCAGUCGUUGCGGAUCCUUUCAUGACCGUUCCGAAGAAUUCGUCAUCGGCCUAUGAGGCUGUGUUCCGGUGACAAUAGAGCUUUUAGGAUGUUAUCACAUAAAGUACUUGUCGGAUUGGAAGUCCAAUUCGGCCGCGAGUAGGGGCAGAGCAUGGGCCACCUCGAGGGGGUACACUU